GAAUACACCCUAAACGCACCUUUAAACGCUUUAAACCAUUGACAGUUGAAACGAAAAACGAUUCCAGGGAUUCCAGAUUGAGUUUACAAGGCUUGGUAAAUCCACUGUGUAGGAAUAUAUUUUGAAGGCGAUUAUUUAUUUUGAAAAUUCUUCAAUUGCUGGACAAUUGGUGCGUGAAAUAUUAACAGAAUGACGUCGAACGAUGAAAAGAAUGAUUCCUACAGUGAAAGUUAUUUUGAUGAUUACAGUGACGAAUAUGAGGAUUUUCAGAAUUACUAUAAUACUGAUAAUUACACACCUAUUUUUCUUGCCGUUCACAAUGGUGAUUUAAAUCGUGUUAGUGCUCUACUAAAUGAAAAUAAUUUAAAAGAAAGUGUGCAUAACAAAAGAAUGUUGCAUGUGGCAGCAGCACGAGGUCACCUGCAGAUUGUCGAUUUGUUGAUAAAAAAUGGAGCUAAACUUAAUGUCGAGGACGUCAAGGGAAGAACACCUUUUUAUAUAGCUUUACAGCAAAAUAAAGUGGAAGUAGCCGAGUUUCUUUUGGAAAAUGGAGCACGUAUUGAUAUUCCAAGAGAUGACGGAAGAACAACACUUCAUGUCGCGAUAAAAACGCAGAACAUUCAAAUUGUCGACAGACUUUUGAAACAGGGUGAUAUAGUCAAUGUACUGGAUGCUAUGUCCCGCUUGAAACCAAUCGAUGUUGCUGCCAGUCUUAAUAAUAUCCAACUUGUGGAACUUCUUCUGAAGUACGGCGCCAAGAUGGAUGACAUUGAUGAGUUUCGCGAAGAACAAAAAGAUGAUCAUAAAAGAAUGACUGCCCUCCAUUAUGCCGCUAAACGUGGUAAUUUAGAAAUGGUCAAGUUAUUAAUGUCGAAUGGAUUUGACAAAAUUGAUGUGAGAAAUUUAAACGAUGUAACACCCCUAGGUGUGGCAAUAAGCAAACAUCGUUUAGGUAUUGUGAAAUAUUUGUUUGAAAGUGGAUCGAAAAUUAAUGAGGAUAUUCCUCUCAUCGAUCUUUGUGAAACCGAUGAAGAUACAGAUAUCUUGAAAUAUCUACUUGAUCAUGGUGAAAAACUUGUUACGGAUCACACAAAAACUCCACUUUAUUUCGCAUUAGACAUGCACGAAUUUAAACUUUGGAGGUACCUGUUAACCUGCUAUUCGAAAAUUGAUGCUGUAUUAUGCUCCAAGGAGACUGAACUUCAUUCAGCUGUGCGUGCCAACAACAUAGAAGAUGUAAAAGAAAUUCUAAAGAAAAUUAAAUUAAAUUCUUUAUCUGGUGAAUUGGGACAGUUCGCAGUUUACAUCGCCGUUGAAAACGGAAACGAGGAAAUGUUAACGAUUCUUCUAGAAGCAGGCUGUUCGGUUGAAAGUUGUUUUAGGGACAAAUUAUCUCCUCUCCAUAUUGCAGCCACAUUCUCACAUACACGUUUAGUCGAAAUUCUUCUGAAAUACGGUGCGAGGAUUAAUUCAGAAACAAGAGCUCUCCAUCACCCAUUGGAUUUUGCAGCAGUUAUGGAAAAUUUAAAUAUGAUUAAUUAUCUCGUGGCCUCUGGUGCUAGGUUCUCUAAAAGAAGUAAGAUUUCAUCACUGACACAUGUACUCAACGAGAGGAAAACAAUUACACCUUCAAUGUUUCAAAAUAUAUUAAAAAUAACAGAGUUGUUAUUAAUUGCCGGAGAUCUCGAGCAUAAAUCAGAUGACCACAUUGAAACAUUAUUGGAAAGUGUAAUGAAUUUAAGAUUUUCUGGAAAGGAUGAAGAAAGUUCGAUCAUUGACAAUGAAUAUAACCUGAAUAUCGAGAAAAAUAGAAAUAAGGAAUUUCGUUCUGAAAUUGUUCGAUGUUUGUUUAAUUAUAUAGACGAGAAAUUACUUCAAGAUGUUCUAAAUUCAUACUUAUGUGAUAGUUGCACUAUUAUAAGUAUUCCUGAAAUGAUUAUCGAGUACUACGAUUCUAAAUUUUUCCCAGAAAAAUUUCAUUUCUCUGGAAAUGAUUGGAAUGAUUCGUUUAUAAUCAAUGAAAUAGAGGACGCCCAGAAACUUCUGGACAUUACACUGAAGCAGAAAGAGGAUAAUGUGAAUGUCUUAGGAAAAAAUGACAAAGAAGUAUUGAAAUUGGUACUUGCUCGUGUUGGAUUGUUACCAUCCGGUGCUGAGGCACUAACUGAAAGUUUUCUUUUAGAAGAUGAUAUAUCAGAGUUUUCUAUAUUUUAUAAUGAUUGUCGACAGCAGGUAAUAAGUAUGCAAGGAACAAAAGUUAUCGAUCAAGUAAAUUUUACUUUUUACGAUAUUCUAUUAAAGUCUACUGAUAAAAUUGCCAAUUCUAUAAAAAAUGACAAAAUAUUAAAUACCAUUGAAUUAUCGUAUGAUAAAUUUCCUAUGUAUGCAAAAUUGUUAAAGUUACGUAUUGAGAAAGCAAAGCGGAAAAUUGAUUUAAUGGAUAUGUCCACGAAUUGUUUGUUUUAUUAUAUUAAACGAAAUUUUAAAAUUCAAUUGUCAUCAUUUGAUAUUGCAGAAAUCUUGCAAUAUCUUGCAAUGAGCGAUCUUCGAAAAUUAUCAUCAGCAUUUUCUUAAUUUUCACACUAAAAAAAGUGAUUAAUCAACGAUGAACAGAAAAAUAUAAUGUGUUACUAUAAUAUUGUCUUACACUGUUAGUUUUGACAUUUGUUAUUUAAAUUAGACUUAAAAGUUUAAAAAAAAUACUUCUUGUUGUCAAUUUUUUGCAUCUGCUGCAACAGUUUUAGUUCUAUUUUUGUACUUAUUUAUAC